AUGCAAGCUAUCUCUUCUUUCUCAGAUUCAGAUUGGGCAGGAAAUCCAGAUGACAGGAGAUCUACCAGUAGGUACUGUGUGUUUUUUGGUCCUAAUCCUAUUUCCUGGUCUUCUAAGAUGCAACCAACAAUUGCUAGGAGUUCUACAGAAGAUGAGUAUCGUUCUCUGGCUCACACUGCAGCUGAGUCCAAAGUUUUGUGCCUUCACUAUGUCUCUACAGAUGCUUUGGUUGCAGAUGUUUUCACCAGAGGUCUAUCAGCAGCUCGUUUUGAGUUUUUACGUGACAAACUGAAAGUGCAGUCACUUCAGUUUGCGGGGGGAUAG